GUUUGCAACAACACUAAACCCAACACUUAAUGGGCUUGAUUAACACAAUAGCCCAAUGGCCUUUAUCCCUUAACAACAACAAAGUUUUCUCUUCCUCUUGUCCCUCAGUCUUGUCGCUUCUUCUUCUCCAAUCUAAGAACUCUUCUGAUUCUUUCUUCUUCUCUUGUGAAUCUUGUUACCCUUUCUCUCUUUCAAGUUUGAGCAUUAAUCAAGGAUGACUACUGAGCGACUCAAACGAUUUGUGUGGGGAGAUACACAAAGGAACGUCGAUCGAGCAGUGGGAAGGGUUAAUGCAGAUAUUAAGCUGUUGAAGGGGGUGGAAUCCGUGCAUCAGGACAAUAUCGAUACACUUGAAGAAACAAAAGCUUCAACUAAUAACGAAACAACCAUCCAGAUUAUUGAUCAAAACAUUGUUCGGACUAGAGGAGAAUGUCAGCGGAUCAACCAAGAGAUAAGACUCUUGGAAGAUGAGGUGACUGUCUUACUCUAUGUUGCAUGGAAACUCUUUUUAAGAAAUUUGCCCUUUUAAGGAGCAAAGCUGCAAAGCCUCUGUUUAGUGGUCUGAGGGCCGUGAAUCACGCAAGAAUUAGAUACCACAGGAUUUCUGGCUGCUUUGGAAAAUGUUUAUGGGGAGAUACAAGCAGGAACGUUGAUGCUGCCAUAACAGUGGUAGAUAGGAGCAUUGGCCAGUUAAAUGGAUUUUUGGCAGAAUACAACCUUAAGAUCGGUAGAGUGAGACGUCGAAGGGCUAGAACUAAUAACCCCACAAAGCAAGCAAGGUAUGAUCACACUAUUGAGCUCUUAACCAAGGAACUUGUGCAAAUCAGACACGCGGUUGAAGUCCUGGAGGAAGAGAGAAGACAGAUUUAUGGCUUCAAAAAUGCGAUAUACUUUUUUAGAGGUAUAAGUUCAAUAAGCAGCGGCAGAGAAAGAUGCUGAGGGGAACAAUGAAGAGAAGAGAAAAUAGACAGUUCAGGAAUUGUUUUUUUUUGUUGAUGAUGUCAGUGUCAGUCUAAAUGAUUUUGUAAGAUAUUUUUAAUCCCAUUAUUAGAGAUUAAACAAUAGUCAAGUAUUAUGUAAAGGUAACUACAUGGAAUGUGAGUCAUUGCAAGAGAAUAUUGGCAAGUUAAGUAUAACGUAA